AGAAUGCUUCGGCUUCUCAUUGCCACGUCACUGGCCGCCACGUUAGCGUGGGCGGCGGGCACCGCCGGCGGCUGCGAGGACGCGGACCCCAAAUGCACCGAAUGGGCGGCCACCGGGGAAUGUGCUACCAAUGCGGUCUGGAUGAUGGCAAACUGUAGGAAAUCUUGUCAUUCCUGUCAGGGAGGAGACAGGGCCUGGAAGCUCAGGACCCAUAUCCAGACCACUUACCAAAAUGCGACUGAUAACAAGACGAAGGUGGUGAGAGUUGAGAGCGUCCGAAUCAACAAUGUCGAGAUUGACGAACGUCGGCAGAAUGUGAAGGUGUUUGGCAGAUUCGUGCUCAGCUGGAACGACACUAUGGUCUCUUGGGAUAAGGAACAGUGGGGGCUCAGUUGGUUGAACUUCUACUGGAUUCAAAUUUGGACCCCAAAUAUUGUGCAGAUCAACGGUGGCUCUACAUCAAACCCUGGACAGGUGACAUCAAAAGUUUUGGCUGCAAAUUACACCGGACAGAUCUACUUAUGGUCGGAUUUCUCAUUCACUACACCGUUCAGAUUCCAGUAUGAAGACUAUCCAAAUGAUAUGCAGAGGGUUUGCUAUAAAUUCGACGACAAACGUCUUAUGGCAGUACACUUCACAGUUGCAGAGGGUGUUAAGAAUAAGGAAAGAGAAGCCACCACUGAUCCAUUCGUGUCUGGAUGGAAGAUUGAAGACGUUGAAGUUGUGUCAAUUACCCACUCUCCGGAUAACGGAGGCACUGGAAAAAAUGGAUUGGAAUCCCCAUACACCGUGGAGCAGCUCUCGGAUCCUCGUCGUAAUCCCUUCGAUGUCCAAGCUGACAACGGUGAGCUCUGUAUUUCGCUGAGAAGAAAUGCGGUAUAUUUCACCGCCGAAAUGUUGCUCCCAGCUCUGAUCACCUCUCUAUUCACGCUGGCCGCUGUGUUCUUCCAACUUUCUAAGACCCAGCCGAUUCUUUUGGGAUUCUCGGUAGUUGCACAGAUUUUGUCACUUAUUUUAGUGUCUCAGAGACUUCCAUCGUUCACUGCACAUACUCCAACUAUUUUGAAAUACGCCGGCUUCAACAUGACGUGGACAGCGAUCCUCUUCGUAAUUUCCCUAGUUCUCGAGAGAAUGGCAACUUCACAAGUAGACAUCCCACCCCCACAUGGAGUCUCCACAUUUGCCGGGCUCGUGAACAAGUUCCUUCCAAUUCCGAAGAACUCAAAACACGAAGAUUCAACUCUCCAAUACGCUGCAUUUGCUCAUGCUCUGAACCACGUCAUCUUCGCUUUAUCCACUGUUCUCUACUUUAUCGUUAUAUUGUUCUCUUUUGUUUUUUAAAUUUUAGUUUUCUUUUUGCAAUAUUUUUUGUAAAAAUUAGUUGUUCUUGCUCAGUUUCUCUUGACACUAAUAAUUUCGCCAUAUCGAAAAUCAUGUAUAAUAAAGACAUUUUUAAUGAAACAUUGAUU